GAAAACAGCAUUGGGAUUUGUCCUAAUCUGAGAAGUAAAACAUAUUUGGCCGAAAGAUGGAACUGACUUUGGAUGAGCCACAUUACGCCACCUUCUUCUGCGUGUUGGGCGCCGUGUCGGCGAUUGUGUUUUCCACUUUGGGUGCUGCCUAUGGAACCGCCAAGUCCUCAGUUGGAAUCGCUUCGAUGUCCAUCAAGCAUCCGCAGCUGAUCAUGAAGGCGAUUGUGCCAGUGGUCAUGGCUGGCAUCAUAGCCAUUUAUGGCUUGGUGAUUGCUGUCCUGCUGGCUGGAUCGCUCAACAGACAUUAUAGCGCGUACAAGGGAUUCCUGAACCUCAGUGCUGGUCUGGCUGUGGGUGUCUCUGGGAUGGCGGCUGGCAUUGCUAUUGGCGUGAUAGGCGAAGCUGGAGUCCGGGCAUCUGCCCAACAGCCCAAACUCUUUGUGGCCAUUAUUCUAAUACUGAUCUUUGCCGAGGUCUUGGGACUGUAUGGUCUCAUUGUGGCCAUCUACUUGUUUACAAAGUGAUCUGAAGAUGUGUAAAUAAAAAUGCUUUGUCUCAUCUUUUAA